CACCGCCUAGAUCUUAAGGCAACAGAUUAUUUUCGGACAACGUUUUGUCUCUUGUGGAUAGUGUUCAGAACUGCAAACGUUUUUUCCCCACAAACAUUUGCAAAAGGUUAUUUUUUUCCUGCCAGAUUUGUUUUAUAUGUAGCCGCUAAUAUCGCUCCGUGUCAUCCAGUCAACUUGAAUCACGCGAUAUCCAUCGACGGAACACGACAUCCCAUUGAUUGGUUUUUCGUCAAGUCUGUCACGUCCACCGGCCGAGCCGAGCGUAUAGGCACUCGACCGAGUGGAUGAAAUUAUGGCAAUGGACGGCGAGAACCGGAUCGUGCUGAACGUGGGCGGAAUCCGAUUCGAGACGUACAAGACGACUUUGAAAAAGAUCCCGGCCACAAGAUUGUCGAGGCUGACCGAAGCCCUCGUCAACUAUGACCCGAUCCUUAACGAAUACUUUUUCGACCGGCAUCCGGGCGUCUUCUCGCAGAUCCUCAACUAUUACCGCACCGGCAAGCUCCACUACCCGUCGCAUGUUUGCGGGCCACUCUUCGAGGAGGAGCUCGAAUUUUGGGGACUCGACUCCAAUCAAGUCGAGCCCUGUUGCUGGAUGACUUACACCGUCCACCGCGACACGCAGCAAACACUGGCCAUUUUGGACAAACUGGACAUCGAAACGGAGAAGCCAACGGAAGAGGAGAUUGCCAGAAAAUUCGGCUACGAAGAAGAUUACCUGGCCGGACGCCUUAGUUUAUGGCAGCGAUUCAAGCCAGCCACAUGGUCGCUGUUUGACGAGCCCUACUCAUCUCUCCCGGCCAAGGGGGUGGCAGUCAUUUCCGUCUUCUUCAUCUGUGUCUCGGUCCUCUCGUUUUGUCUGAAAACACAUCCGAGCAUGCGAGUGCCCUUUCUCCGCAAUAUUACCGUCAGCGGACCGGGCAAUUCAUCCUAUUUCUUGCUGGACAAGGUUAAGACUGAACCGCACGAGGCUUUCUUCUACGUUGAACUGGUCUGCAAUAUCUGGUUCACGCUGGAGAUUUCCAUUCGGUUCGUUGUCAGUCCGGACAAGUGUGAGUUCCUGCAGUCGCCCGUCAACGUCAUCGAUCUAGUGGCCACUCUGUCCUUCUACACCGACAUGCUCUUACAGGAACUGGCCCAUCAUGUCGACAAUGCGGACAUCCUCGAAUUUUUCUCAAUCAUCCGCAUUUUGCGUUUGUUUAAACUGACCCGACAUUCUCCAGGUCUCAAAAUCCUCAUUCACACGUUCAAAGCGUCUGCUAAAGAAUUGACGCUACUCGUCUUUUUCUUGAUGUUGGGCAUCGUCAUCUUCGCCAGCCUCGUCUACUAUGGCGAACGACUUCAGGCCAAUCCACACAACGACUUCAAAAGCAUCCCCGAAGGUCUUUGGUGGGCUAUCGUAACUAUGACUACCGUCGGUUAUGGAGAUAUGGCACCCAAAACAUAUGCUGGGAUGUUUGUUGGCGCCUUGUGCGCUCUGGCUGGCGUGCUCACCAUCUCGCUGCCCGUGCCCGUCAUCGUUUCCAACUUCUCAAUGUUUUACAGCCACACGCAGGCUAGGUCGAAAUUACCAAAGCGGAGACGAAGGGUGUUGCCCGUCGAGCAGCCACGAAAUAGGAAGCAGAGAAUACCCGACCGUACCAGCAAUAAUCAGCAAAGCAGGGCGGAUGGAAUCGGGCGUCGCUUUGCUGCUGGCACUACGAAAUUGACGCAACCUUUCAUUAAUCGACUCGGUUACCUGAAUGGCUCAACUUCUGAGAGUCCAGCAGUUGUGGUUGCUCCACUUGGCGGUGUAACAUCCAAAAUCCCUGGACCACUACUACGGGUAAACACUGGAGGAGGAGAUUCCAAGACUCUUCACGUGCCAGUGAUUGUGGCCAGCAGUCCGCCUCCGGCCCAUCAGGACAUUGUCAGCUUCAGAAGUCAAGAUUGUUGUGUAUCUUCUGGCAAUGGCAAAUCUGGACAAACCUAUGCUUUAUAAAUACGAUUCGUUUUCGUCGUUCUUUGACUGUUUGCUUUCUUGGUUGAACGUGUUCUUAUUAACUUUUUUCGUAACUAAAGUAAUACAAUACACGGAAGCAUUGCAUGACUUUAACAA